CAGAAGACGGGGAGCAAUUCUGCUGUAGCGUAGGUCGAAACCAUCAAAAAGGAUCUGCCGAAAGAAGAGGACAAUUGGCCCAAGAUGGACCAAGAGUCGUAUCGCUUCUUCGAAGGCGUGUGGAUGCACACUUUCUUCAGAGACGAAGCGAUUCGGUCGGCUAUCGAUUACAAACAUCAAGACGGAGAUGUUAUCGUCGUAACGUAUCCCAAAUGUGGAACAAACUGGACAGUAUUUAUAGUUUACAACAUCCUCUCACGUGGCAAGCAGCUUUCCAACGUCGGCGAGUUUAGUCUCAUGUGCCCAUACAUUGAAAUGAUAGGAGCAGGAACAGCCCUGAAUCCAUCCAGGACCGGUCCCAUUACGACCCAUCUUCCUUUGAAGGUAUUCAAGCCGGUAGACAACGCCAAAUAUGUGUACGUGGCGAGAAACCCAUACGACUGCGCUGUGUCCUAUUACCACUUCCUGAAGGGACUGACCCCAAAGACUGUCACCGAUGUUUCUUUCGAGACUUUUCUCGAGCUGUUCUUGUCGGGGAAGGUAAUUUACGGAGAUUACUUCGACCAUCUGCUGCCAUGGUACGAACGUAGAAACGAAGCCAAUGUCUUUUUUCUGACCUACGAACAGCUGAAAGCCGACACAAAGGCGCAAAUUCUGAAGAUCGCGGAUUUUCUCGGCGAGGAUCAUGGCUCUGCAUUGCGUGAAGACGAUAAUCUACUUGAGAAGGUGUUGCAGACCUGCAGUCUCGAAAGCAUGAAGGUAUUCCUGAAUGCCAAGCCCAUGCAGCGAGCGAAGGAGACGGUCGAGGCUGCGUCAAAGAAGGACGACUCCUUCAAAAUGGCGAAGAACUUGCCGAUAGAGGCUGUCGAGAUGCACGAGGGGGCCGGGUUUGUCCGUAAGGGUAUAGUGGGUGACUGGAGGAACUACUUCACGGAGGAGCAGAUAAAAGAGACAAAGAACUGGAUAGCGAAGAAAACUCAAGGUAGCGAUGUGAUGACGCUCUGGAGUGACUGCGACCUGCCUUGAGA